GAGCAUGGCACACCUGCUGGGCAGCCAGGCCUGCAUGGACAGCCUUCGAAAGGACCUCACCGACCUGCAGGGCGCCAUCGUGGACGUCUUCUCUCGGGCUGGACCCGUGCGCUUCCCCUCCUGGAAGUUCCCGGAUCGGGUGUCCUGUGACCUGGACAUGGUGGCCCUGCUAGAGCACUAUGACCACGUGCCCGGGGACCCCGAGUUCACUCAGCUGUCCCACGCUGUGCUGCUGGAGCUGGUUAUUGACAGGUAA